GCUGGAUGUAACUGGAUCUAUCAUUUUCUAUAUCUAUCUCGGUUGGGUCCUGAGCGAAGCCAAACUCAAAUGCAUUCCACUUUGGUCGAAGCACGUGACAAUCACAUUUUCUGCAGCUUGUCUCAUUGCACAAUCCAGGUCCAGCUCCAACAUCAGCAGAAUCAAGCAGAAGCGGCCGGACACGGAAUAUAUCUUCUGCCCUGGAGCUGCUGCGUCGCGCCUGCGCCUGCGGCGUUCGAAUUUUUAAGAGGCCGCCGCCUUAAGCCUUUUACGCAGCUUCCUGCAUGCUUGGUAGUUGGCUCUUUUUUGGCGAGCAUUGCAGCCAUUGUUGCAUCGUACUGUACCUUUGUCCUUCGUACCUAUCUUCCAUUCCACCAAGUGAGACCCAGCAUCUUUUUCUGUCUAUCAAUUUCCAAUUUCUGGCUGGUCGCCGCUCCCAAAUCAGCUGUUCUGACUUCCGAGCUAGAGCAUACGUCCAACGGGCUAGACUCCUGCCCACUGCACUCCAACUUCAGUUACAAUCACAAACUCCCACUGCCGUUGAGCUUUGAUCUGCACAUCUACAAAAAAAAAGCCCGAGCAAUUCGUUGCGCACCAUUCACACACGCAGGCGAUCAAGUGCCUUGGCACGAGUAACCAAGUCCCAAGCCUUGAUAGGUAUCGUGCCGCCAGAAACCUAUCUAUCUCUCCACAGACACAGACCAAAUCAAAAACUCCACCGCAGAUCAAGGGCCUCUACCAAGUCGGUCAGCACGAUACUUCGACGAAUUGUUCCUCUCACUGCCGACUUCUGCGAUUCGGUCUCCGGCUCUCGCCCUCUGCUUGACGCCCAUACGUUCUCACCACAUCCCUCAUCAUGGCGGGCAAGAUGGUGCUGUACAAGCUGGUGGUGCUAGGAGAUGGAGGUGUUGGGAAAACAGCCUUAACUAUACAAUUAACACUGCAGCAUUUCGUGGAGACUGUAAGCACCUUCUAUCU